UGGUGAAGGCCAGCGAACUUGUGAAAUGGUCCUUAGUAUUUGAAGAUAGUGGUAGCGCGGCCCUUAUGAGAAUUGAGUUCCUCGUUGUGGCCAUUGCAUCCAUCUUCCUCCUGAUGUCAUUGUUGGACAUGUUCCGUCGUCGGUGCCGCCACUCCACCAUCAAGUACCUCUUACUUGCCCUCGACGCCAUAAGCGAUACCUCAUUCAUCUACACAAUUGGGCUGAUGCAGAGUGCACCCUUCAAGAAAGAUCUGUUUUCAAUAUGGGCGCUCAUAUUGGUCAACCUCCGGUUCAGUGCUUGCUUCAUCUCGGCAUACGGCAUCCCUGACCAAGACAACAGACGGAUGACCAAGGGCGUAAGAGUGGUUUCAUUUCUAGGGGUGUCCUUCUUAAUCGGCACGCAGAACAGUCAGUUUAAGCACCCGAUCUGGGUACUCUGGGCAAUGCAGCCAGUGAGAAGUAUAUACAUACGAGUUGCGUACUAUAAGGCCACAAGAUCAUUCUUGCACGGUUGGAGCUCGCCGCUUCUGACAGCAUAUAUGGGUACCGAAGAUGGUAUUUGUAAGGAUGGGGAUCCGACUACAAUGGUGGCAUAUAAGUACUUGGUCUCUGGAGAUCAGAAGCAGAAAGUCGAACUGCAGGCGCCUAGGUAUAAAUUUUGUUUGGAGUCACAAGGACGGUUCAUCACUCUUGACAAGACUUGGAAGCUGCUCAGCGAGCAGCAUUCAGACACCGGUGCAGGGGACGUCCAACCAUCAUGGGCCAAAGACAUGUGCCUGUCCUUUGCACUAUACCGGCUACUCCGUUGCAGAUUUGACGACUUACCCCUGCCAGCCGAUAGCAUUGCUAGCACCAGAAAACUAAUGUAUGAAAUUAUUGGCAAGAAGAGCAGAGAUUUGACAGCGCAAAUAGACCACCAUGCUGAGAGAACAUUCAGAAUUGCUAAGUUGGAGCUAACGUUCCUCAACGACUACUUCUACACAAGAUACCCCAUCCUUUUUUGGCGUGGCUUCCCACUGCUUUUUGCUUGGUACCCUCUCUUGACGAUUGCUCUCAUCACUUGGCUUGGAAGGGACAUUCAUAAACUCUACAAGCCUAAGAAGGAGGAAAUUGCCCACGUCGUGCACGGGGUCAAUGUUGAUCUCAUCAUCACAUGGAUAUUCAUGGGCAUUAUCGUGAUCAAGGAGUUUUGGAAGGUGGUCACCUACUUGUUGUCCGACUGGACCAAGGUGAUGCUGCUGUGCGAAUACACCUCGAGGACCCUGAAGUGGAUUCCACAGUGGCUGUGGAAGUUAUUGCUUCAGAUCUUGUGCACACCAAGAUGUAGAAUUGUGCGCCGUUGGCACAAUAAGAUCGGUCAGUAUGAAUUCUUGCAGUCAUUUGGUCACAAUCCUAGGAACAUUCUUUACUGGUUAAGCCUUGGCUUGGUCCCAAAAGAAAUAAGAGGUGCAAAAGUAAGCAGCCCAACGGAGCUCCCAAGAGAUCUGAAAGCCGCCGUUCUCAAGUCACUUUGCUCGUUAGAUCUUGAGCAGAACUCAUUAGAGUCAGACCUGCCAACUGAUCUCAGGCAGUUCCCUUUUAAGCGGACUUUCGAACUGCCAACAUGGUGCCACAGCAUUCUUGUGUGGCAUAUAGCAACAAGCCUGUGUGAGAUUGAGCUUGCUCAAUGCUACAACACAAGCUUAACCACUUCUGAGUUACUGUGUGCAAUCAAGACUGCUCUCAGUUGUUUCUCCUCCCAGCCAUAUCUUAUAAAGGAAGAUAGAAUUGAAGGGGCGCUGCGAGCUAAUUAUAUAGCUGCCAACAGUAUAUCGCGCUACUGCGCCUAUCUGCUUGUAAUAGAACCAGAUUUGCUACCCGACAGUUUCUUAACUGCCGAUGACAUAUUCAGAAGCACCGUCGAUGAGUCUUUAGAUAUCCUGAAGGGCUGUGACACUCUGCAAAGCAUUUACAGGACGCUAAUUCGAGAAGGAGUGCCUGAACAAGAUGGCAACACAAGUGUCAUAAGAAAGGAAAGAUCAAACACCCACCACAAUAUGAUACUUCAGAAAGCUGCAGACCUUGCUUGCUAUCUGAUUCAUGAGAUCCCUGAUGAAGUAGUUCGUUGGAAAGUCCUCGCAGAAGUCUGGGCCGAUAUACUGGUACACACAGCGCCCUCAUGGAAUGCCUCGGCUCACAAGAAAUGCCUUGCAACAGGUAGUGAGUUCAUAACUCAUAUAUGGGUCAUUCUUUCUCACUGCAAUAUCCACAGCAGCAAGCGCUGGCCAUAUCCGAAAACCCCAGAUGAUGGCAACCAUGGCGACCAAGGGCAGGACCCAACUGCAGGUGGUUCUGGUGAUCAGCCGUUGGCACACGAAGCGCCAGCAAGGGUUCCGUCAAAUGGAGCACUAGAAGAACAAGGCCAACCAUGGAGUCCAAUUCUGGGGCAGCAUUUAACCCAACAGCUUGCUCCGAGUGAAACAGAAGAAAUCAGCGAAAUACAAGAGGUCCGAGAUGAUUGGAGAGAAUGACAAUAUGACAUAUUUGCAGUAUAAUCGAGUACUAUUAUAGUGCUCAAAAAUGUCAUUGAUGUAC